AUGUACACGGUUGCAGGUAAAGAGAGAGGCAGGUCUAGUGGUGUUGGUUCCGAGGUAGUACUUGAUGGUGACGUAUUUGAAGUGGUCGAAGAAUUCGUUUAUCUUGGUACACUUGUGACUUGCGACAAAUAUGUUUGCCGUGAGGUAAAAAGCCGUAUUGCAGCUGCCAACAGGGCCUUUAACGGUCUACGUAACCAGCUUAGGUCUCGCAACCUGCAAACGUCAACAAAAUUCGCCUUAUACAAGAUACUGGUCCUCCCUGUCGCUCUUUAUGGCCACGAAGCGUGGACGUUGAGGGAGGCAGAUAGGAGAGGAUUCGGAGUCUUCGAGCGUAAAGUGCUGCGGACAAUACUCCGCGGGAUAUGCGAGAAUGGAGUGUGGUGCAAUCAUGGGUUGUACCAAGUAUACAAAACUGCGGGUAUUGUUAAACAGAUUAAAUACGACAUAAAUGGGCUCUUCAUGUGCUACGAAUGCCGGAAGAAGAAUUACGAAAACAAUAUUCAGCAGGGAGCUAGGAAGAGGAUGCCGACUUCGUGA